CAUGUAAAGGAGCAUCUUAACCUGCAUGUGAGUCUUCACAAGUGUAAGAGGGCUAAGAAAGACAUCAUAACUAACCUUGAGGGCAGCUACAAGGAAGAAUUCAAUAGGCUUUGUGCAUAUAUUGAAAAGGUUAAGGAAGUCAUGCCCGGUACAAAAAUGGAGCUUGGUUUGUCUGUUGAACAGUUAGAGAGCAACAAAAGAGUCUUCAAGAAGUUGUUUGUUAUGUUGGAGCCAUUGAAACAGAACUGGUUGGGAGGGUGUAGGAAGUUGAUUUGUCUUGAUGGAUGCCAUCUAAAGGGGGUCACCUUUGGCUGCCUUUUGACAGCAGUGGGAAAGGAUGGCAAUGAUGGGAUAUUGCCUAUAGCUUGGGCUGUUGUAAACAAGGAAAACAAAAGUAACUGGACAUGGUUUGUGAGACAUCUAAAGCAAGAUUUACAGCUUGAGGGAGGAGAGAACAUCACCAUAAUCUCAGAUAUGCAGAAGGUACUCAAUUACUUAGUUUUAGAUGCCACAUCAGAUUUUAUUACACAUGACUAAUUCAUCUUUGAUGUAACAGGGUUUGAUGGAAGCUGUGAAAGACAUCAUUCCAUAUGCUGAGCACCGGUGGUGUGCAAGGCAUAUAUAUGCCAACUGGGCUAAGAAGUGGAGAGGAGAGGAGAUGAAGAAGAGAUUUUGGAUUGCAGCAUGGAGUAGCUUUGAUGAAGAGUUCAAACUGAACAUGGCCAAACUGAGGAGCAUAAACAAGAAGGCCCAUGAUGAGCUUCUACACUACCCUCCUGCUCACUGGUCCAGGGCAUAUCAAAGCACCAGAUGCUCUACAAACAUGGUAGAUAACAAUUGCUCUGAGUCUUUUAAUUCUAGCAUAAGUGAUGCAAGACACAAACCUAUUAUCAGCAUGCUAGAGGAUAUUAGGUUGCUUGCCAUGAAGAGAAUUAGGGAGAGGAAAACUGGAUUGGAUAGUUGGAAGAGUGUCUGGUCCCCAUCUGCAAUGAAAACAUUUGAAGCAAAUAAGAGUGACUCAGUGUACUGUAAUGUGGUGUGGAAUGGUGAGUAUGGGUAUGAGGUGACUGAUGGAUUGGAUAAACACAUAGUGUUUAUUGAUACAAAGACUUGCACCUGUAGGGGUUGGGACUUGACUGGAAUCCCAUGUUCACAUGCCAUCGCUUCUUUUUUUUCAAGCUCACUGGAUCCACUUCUUUCCAUUAGUGAGUGUUACCACAGGGACACAUAUGCCAAAACAUAUGAACACUUGAUCCAACCACUGCCCGGUGUGAAGUUUUGGAAUGUGAAAGCUCAAGAUGCCAUAGAACCACCCCAAGUGGAAAAGAAGAUAGGACGGCCUAAGAAGAACAGAGUGAGAGCAGCUCACGAGCCAAAGAAGAAGCACAAGUUGUCAAGAGUGGGGAAAAAACAACACUGCAGCCUCUGUAGGAGUGCAACCCACAAGAAAAUGACAUGUCCACUAAACCCUACUAAGGUGAACAAAGAAGCAGAGUGUUCCACCUCAACUAAAGCUAAAGGAAAAGCACCAGUAGGACUCGGACUAUAUGUCAAUGAAGAAACAGGAAAACAAAUUCUAAAUCCCGGAGGAUCACAGUCUUUAGUCAUAAAUGAGGGGACUCCAAGAGAAUCAGAACCAAAUGUCAGAUUUGCUAUCCCCAAUGAGAGAGAGCUCAGAAUGCAAAAGAGAAUGGAGAAGAGGAAGAGCAGUCCACCAACCACAUCAGUUGGUCCUUCCUCGAAGAUCAAGAAGACAGGAACAAAGCCUUUUAAGGCUCCAAGAGACAAAACACAGGAACAACACCAAGAACCAGUGCUUAGAAGGUCUCCUAGGAGACUAAAUGUGGUGUCAACUGCAGGAUCAACAACCCACAGUUGAUAUCACCUUUGUCAUCUUGUUAAGAAGUACUUUAAAACUGAUUUUAUGUGUUUUCAUUUGUUUUGAGUGGUUAUAAUGGUUUGGAUAUUAGCUUUUGCAGCCAUCACUCACUUGAAAACUGGCAUUUUGCCCAUGACUUGUGAAUUUAAUGAUAUGCUUUAUGUUAUACU